AUGGCGUCCAAGAACCCGCAAUCGCAUGAGCAGGCUGCCAUGGACGCAGCUGCCAAGGACGAGGAACAUCAUGUGGAAAACGUCGAUGAGCUUGACCCAGAGCUCGAAGCUCUCAUUCAAACUUCUCCGUUGCAAGGAUUGAGUGCUGCUGAAGCCGCUGCCCGUCUGGAAAAGUUUGGCAAGAAUGAAAUCCCUGAAAAGAAGACCAACCCUUUCCUCAAGUUCUUGUCUUACUUUGGUGGUGCCAUCUCCUAUCUUUUGGAAAUCGCUGCCUUGGUCUCUGCCAUUCUCCAAGAUUGGGUCGACUUUGGUAUCCUGGUCGUCGUAUUGGUUGUCAACGCUUGUAUCGGUUACUUUGAAGAAGCUCGUGCCGAAUCUGCUCUAGAUGCUCUAAAAAACACUCUUGCUCUCAAAUGUAAAUCCUUCCGUAAUGGUGAACUCAUAGAAGUCGACUCUGCUCUCCUAGUACCUGGUGACAUCAUUGCCCUCCGUAUUGGUGAUAUCGUCCCAGCCGAUUGCCGUCUGCUCGGUUUGAACGUACAGGGUGAAGAAACUGAAAGCAAGUUGCAAAUCGAUCAAUCUGCCUUGACUGGAGAAUCGCUACCCGUAUCCAAAGCCAAGGGUGCAACUGCCUACUCUUCCUCCAUUGUAAAGCAAGGACAAAUGUUGGGUGUCGUUACAAAGACUGGUAUCAACACUUACAUUGGUCGUGCUGCAAACUUGAUUGCCAUCACCAACGAACAAGGUCACUUCCAAAAGGUUGUCAACAACAUUGGUAACUUCUUGAUCAUCAUCACUGUCGUCAUGGUCUUGAUCUUGUUGUUUGUAUUGAUCUUUGCACAAGGUCUCAUCUUCUUGGAUGCCUUGAAGCAAGUCCUGAUUAUCACCAUUGCUGCCAUCCCUGUCGGUCUUCCAACUGUAUUGUCAGUCACCAUGGCUGUCGGUGCUAAGCAAUUGGCCAAGAAGCAGGUUAUUGUAAAGCGUUUGACUGCUAUCGAAGAAUUGGCUUCCGUUUCCAUCUUGUGCUCAGACAAGACUGGUACCUUGACCCUCAACGAAUUGACCUUUGAUGAACCAUACUUGGCCAACAAGGGAUCUCGCCACGACGACUUUGUUGGAUCUGGUGUCAAAUACACUGCUGAAGACUUGCUUUUAUGCUCCUUCUUUGCCUCAGAACCUGGUGCACAAGAUGCCAUUGAAUUGGCCAUCCGUGAGGCCGCCGAUAAACAAGUAGAAUUAUUGAAGAGCCGUCCCAAAGGCACUGGUCCAAUCCCUGGUUACAGAGUCACUGGCUUCAUUCCAUUCAAUCCCAACUCUAAAUAUACCGAAGCUACCGUAACUGUAGAAGCUACUGGUGAACGUUACCGUUGUAUUAAGGGUGCUCCUCAAGUUGCCAUCCGUAUGUGUGGUGGUCACGAUGAAGCUCACGAUGCUGUACAGGACUUUGCUCGUCGUGGUCUCCGAGCUUUAGGUGUUGCCCGUACCAUCGACCCCGAAAUGACCAAGUUUGAAAUGGUUGGUAUGAUCUCUCUCCUUGACCCUCCUCGUCCAGACUCAGGCAGGACCAUCGUAGAAUGUGGAGAACUUGGUAUUGGUGUAAAGAUGAUCACUGGUGAUCAACUUAUUAUUGCUAAGGAAGUCGCUUACCGUCUCGGCAUGGAACGUACUAUCUUGGAUGCCCACAAGCUUAUUGACUCUACCAUGUCUGAAGACGCCUUAACUGACCGUAUUGAAAAGUGUGACGGAUUUGCUCAAGUCAUCCCUGAACACAAGUACCGUGUUGUAGAAUUAUUGCAAAACCGUGGUUUCUUGGUCGGAAUGACUGGUGACGGUGUGAAUGAUGCUCCUGCUUUGAAGAAGGCUAACGUCGGUAUUGCUGUCUCUGGUUGUACUGAUGCUGCUCGAUCAGCUGCCGAUAUCGUCUUAUUGGCUCCUGGUCUCAACACUAUUGUCGACGGUGUCAAGACUUCGCGUGCCAUUUUCCAACGUAUGAGAUCCUACUCUAUCUACCGUAUUACUUCUACCAUCCACUUCUUGUGCUUCUUCUUCAUCACCAUCUUAGCCUUCAAGUUUACAUUGCCUGACCGUCUUAUCAUCUUGAUUGCUGUCUUGAACGAUGCCGCAACCUUGGUUAUCUCUGUCGACAACGCCAAGAUCUCUAAGCGUCCCGACAAGUGGCGUCUCGGUCAAUUAUUGACCUUGUCGUUCGUUUUGGGUCUCCUAUUGAUGUGUAUCUCCUUCGCCCACUACUUCAUCACCAAGGACUACUUCAUGAAGGAUGAGCCAUUCGUCCAAACUGUUAUGUAUCUCCAGAUGUCAUCUUGCCCACACUUUGUCAUCUUCUCUACUCGUCUCCCUGGUUGGUUCUGGGAAUCUGCUCCUUCUCUCAUCUUCGUCGUUGCUAUCGCUGGUACUCAAGUCUUUGCCAUGUUCAUGUCCAUCUACGGUGUUGACUUCUUCGAAGCUGUACCAAUUGGUUGGGCUUGGGGAAUUACCAUCUUGCUUAUCUCUACUGCUUGCUUCAUGUUGCUCGAUAUCGUCAAGGUCAUGGUUAUCCGCUACUGGUCUUUCGAAUUGACUGCUACCUUGGCUCCAUUCCCAGCCCGUCGUCGUAAAUUAGCUGCUAGAAAGGACCGUGCCGUCAUCAUUAAGCGUGUCAAGGAAAAUGUCAACAAGAUCCGUCAAACUGUUCGAACCAUCAAUGUAUUGAUGGCAUGGAUGGGACCCAAAUUCACUGGUAAUGUGAAAACCAUCUUGCCAUCUGCCUCAUCAGCCACCAUGCAUUAA